CGCAGUUCUUUGAUAGCUCAGUAUUUUUCCAGAAUGCAGGGAUUAGUGGCUCUUCUGAUUUGUUUGGCCGUGGGUUCUGCCUUUGCCGGCUCCGUUGGCGUUUCCAAUGGCGAUCCCUUCGAGCGCGAGGGCCGCAUUGUGGGUGGCGAGGACACCACUAUUCGAGCACAUCCCUACCAGGUCUCCCUGCAGACCAAGAAGGGCAGCCAUUUCUGCGGUGGAAGUAUACUUGACAAAGAUACAAUAUUAACGGCCGCCCAUUGUUUGGUGGGCAGGAAGGUGUCCAAGGUGUUCGUUCGCCUCGGUUCCACCAUCUACAACUCCGGCGGGCGAGUGGUGGCUGUCCGCGCUCUGACCUACAACGAGAACUACAACUCCAAGACCAUGGAGUACGAUGUGGGCAUACUCAAGUUGGCCGAGGAGGUUGAGGAAACCGAGGACAUUCGCUACGUGGAAUUGGCCGAGAAGACGCCGCCCACGGGAACCACUGCUGUGGUCACCGGUUGGGGUUCCAAGUGCUACUUCUGGUGCAUGACCCUGCCGACGAUCCUCCAGGAGGUCUAUGUGGACAUCGUGGACUGGCAGACGUGUGCCUCCACGGAGUACAAGUACGGCGAGAUCAUCUACGACAGCAUGGUGUGCGCCUACGAGAAGAAGAAGGACGCCUGCCAGGGCGACUCCGGCGGUCCUUUGGUGGUGGAUGGCAACACCCAGGUGGGCAUCGUCUCCUGGGGCUACGCCUGCGCCUCCAAUCUGCUGCCGGGAGUCUAUGCCGAUGUGCCCGCUUUGCGGAAGUGGAUCCUCAACGCAACCGACUCGUUGUAGAUACAUACAUAUGUGUAAUAAACUACGUGACUAAGCAAGCAUA